AUGGGGGAUGACCAGAUUAAGAGGAGGUGGCAGACCUACUUUCAUAAACUUCUAAAUGAAGAAGGGGAUCAGGAUAUUGUACUAGGUGAAUUGAGGAAUGCCGACAGUCCCCACGAAUUAAGUUAUUAUAGGGACAUUGAGGUCGAUGAGGUCAUGGAGGCAAUGCGUAAGAUGAGAAGGGGCAGAGCUACCGGGCCAGAUGAAAUUCCGGUUGAACUUUGGAGGUGUGUGGGUAGAGCAUGCUUGGAAUGGCUUAUUGGGUUGUUUAAUGUUAUAUUCAAGACUAAUAGGAUGCCUGAAGAGUGGAGGUGGAGUACAAUGGUUCCGUUGUAUAAGAACAAAGGCGAUAUCCACAGCUGUAACAACUAUAGGGGGGUUCCUAGGGAGGUCUUAUGGAGCUGCUUAGAGGCUAAAGGGGUUCCGGUUGCCUACAUUAGGGUGAUUAAAGACAUGUAUGAUGGAGCUAAAACUCGGGUUAGGACAAUAGGAGGCGACUCCGAGCAUUUUCCGAUUGUUACGGGGUUGCACCAAGGGGAGGUGUCAUGGUGCAUGCUAUUUGCUGAUGACAUAGUUCUAAUUGACGAGACUCGAGGCGGCGUCAACAAGAGGCUAGAGAUUUGGAGACAUGCCCUUGAGUCUAAAGGUUUCAAGUUGAGCAGGAUGAAGACAUAA